GAGCUCCUGGCAUGGAGCGAGGACAUGUACAGUAUAUUGUUGCGCUUGGACGCAGCGGCGGCGGCGGCUGGAUCGACUCACACACCCCGACGGAGCGGACUGGACUGAAAACAUGGCUGCGGCCGAACGUGCAGCAGCGAAUGUACGGAAGUGAGGUGCCCACGUUCUGCUGCAGAGGAGAGAGCACCAGGAUGAGGAGACUGUAGGCACCCGCCGUAGUAUGGCCGCGUCCCGUUCCUCGCGUGUCACAAGGUCAUCAGUGGGGCUCAAUGGAUUGGAUGAGAACUUUUGUGGUCGAACCCUCAGGAACCGUAGCAUCGCCCAGCCAGAGGAGACCUCGGUGUCUCCUCUGCCGAGGGCCCGCUCGCCCAAGAAGAAGCAGGACGCCAAGCAGCAGGAAACGAAGCACGAGUCGAAGGACGCCAGGCAGGACACGAAACAGGAGUCGAAACAGGAGUCGAAACAGGAGUCGAAACAGGAGUCGAAACAGGACGCGAAACAGGACGCCAGGCAGGACUCGAAGCAGGACAACAAGCAGGAGUCAAGACAAGAUGUUAAGCAGGAGUCGAAGCAGGACGCUAAACACGAUACAAAGCAGGACACCAAGCAGGACACUCGGCAUGAUGGCCAGCAACACGCCUCAUUGCAGGGAAAGGAAACUGACUCAAACGCGUCCCCGGCCGAGGUGGAGCAAUGGACCGGCUCCAGGAAGCGGGGGGUAUCCUGUUUAGAAAAAGACAUUACCCCUGAGAAGCCUGAGAACUGUGACAGAGGUAAAGGGGCGCGGGAUGCCUCUCCUCAAAUCAAAAGGGCCAAGCGGUGCUCCCGCUCCGGAGAGUCUCAGGGACACGAGGAGCAUCCUGAGCCCCCGAAACCUGAAAGUCCAGCAUCCCUCGCAGAGCCGAGCAAGGACAACAGUUGUGAAGAAUUUCCCGGCCAAAACUCUGCGGACACGGCUCCCGCCUCACCUGUCCUCCGUAAAGAGGAAGGUGAGCUGACGGGGGCAAAGGCAGAGGACGGUCAUGUCGAGUGUUACGGGGCCCCCCAGGCCCCGAAUGCUCACAAAGCUUCUAAUGGACUCGCAGAGAAUAAGGCAGAGGAACCUGGAGCGCUCACCGAAGAGCCGAGUGCAAGUCCCACCUCUGUCGCCAACUGCCCGUCGCUGCUCAACGGAAGCCAGACGGGGGCUCCCUCCUCCCCCGACCCUGCUGUGCCUUGUAGAAACUCUGAGCCGGGGCAGAUGGAGGUCUCUGGCUCAGGGGAAUCGCCAGCCUCUCCUGCCCCGACACUCGAGGCCGUUCCAGAGGACCCUCUCCCCGAGUUGAUGGUGGCCAAGGAGCAGGAGGUGGAGGAGGUGGAGGUCGACGUGGUGGGCGACACCUUGUGUCUGGCCUACGAGGAGCAGGUGACGUCGAGCGACACCAACGGCCGACCACUAACACCGGUGCAAGAACCUGCUGCCUCCACCUCCUCCACCACCACCACACCCAACACAAACACUUGUCCAAUCAACAAUGGCAACUCAGGAGAAACAACACCCCCACUUGCAACAACCCCCUCCCCCACAGAGCCAGGGUGCAACCCCUCACUAUCCAGCAUGGCCCCCUCUUUCACAGAGCUCUAUGAACACAGAUACACCCUACGGACUUCACCCAGGAGGGCUGCCACCGGUGGUAAAGCCACCUCCUCCUCCUCCAAGCCCAGCUCUCCUCCCAGAGACAAUGGUCCCCUGAGGGAAGAGGGGGAGGUGGAGGUCGGGCUGGAGGAGUGCUACCCUGUGGUGGAGGACCCCCUUCCCUCGGACUCUGUCGGCCCCUCGAGUGAGGAGCUGGCGUCUGUGGAUCCUGGCGACAGGGCAGGUGGCUCUGUGGAUCACAGAGAGGCGGAGAGCAGCAAGGAUCUUGCGCGGAGCCAGGCUGUGGAGGAGGAGGAGGAGGAAGAGGAGGAGGAGGAGCCAGACGUGUAUUAUUUCGAGUCGGACCACCUGGCUCUUAAACACAAUAAAGAUUACCAGAGGCUGCUGCAGACCAUCGGCGUGCUCGAGGCCCAGCGCACGCAGGCCAUCCUGGACCUGGAGACGUUGGCGCGUCACCAGCGAGAGGCGCUUGGCGAUCCCAUCAACUUUGUGGAGCAGCUGCAGAAACGGGCCAACUUGGGCUUGCCGUGUCCUCAGCGAGUCGUCCAGCUCCCGGAUGUGGCAUGGGAACAGUACACCUCAGGACUGGGCGACUUCGAGAGAGAGUUCUGUGACAAGAAGCGCAAAACCAGGCAGCUGCAGCUGAUCUUUGACAAAGGUUUGCCCGUUCGACCAAAAAGUCCGGUAGAGCCCAAGAAGGAGGGCGAGUCGUCCACCAUGUACUCGUCUCUUCCUACGAGUGAUGCCCCAGACAACGGAAGACAAACACAGAUGAUCAGGGGGAGGAUUUGUCACCCAAACAAGUCUGACACAUUUAACCAGCUGUGGACUGUGGAGGAACAGAAAAAACUGGAGCAGCUUCUCGUCAAGUUCCCGCCGGAGGAAGUGGAGUCCAGGAGGUGGCAGAAGAUCGCCGAUGAGCUCGGCAAUCGAACAGCCAAACAGGUUGCCAGCAGGGUUCAGAAGUACUUCAUCAAACUGACCAAAGCUGGUAUCCCUGUGCCUGGAAGAACCCCCAACCUGUGCAUGUACACUAAAAAGGCCUCGAAUAAGCGACAGCACCAUCUUAACAAGCACCUGUACCGGCCGUCCACCUUCCUCACCUCCUACGAGCCUCCGGUCUACAUGGACGAAGACGACGAGCGUUCUGCGUAUUACGGCAGCGUGCAGGACCCCUCCGCUGACGACUCGGACGAGGAGAGUGUACCGGUGGAGUUGAGAAAUUUGCCCGAGUACAAAGAGCUCUUGGAGUUGAAGCGAUUGAAAAAGCAGAAGCUCCAGGAGAUCCAGGAGGAUAAGGUCGGGGUGCGGCACGUGGGCUUCAAGUGCGACGUCUGUGGCAUGGAUCCGAUCCAGGGCGUGCGGUGGCACUGUCAGGACUGUCCACAAGACAACUCGGUCGAUUUCUGCUCCAACUGCUCCGACUGCUUGUUCAAGACCGAGACCCACAAGCCGAACCACCACCUGGAGCCGGUGUACCAGGCGCAGUCCUUCCUGGACAGGGACUACUGCCUGCCGCAGAGCACGGGCUACAACUACCUGGACCCCAACUACUUCCCAGCCAACAGAUGACAGGGUCCCAGGCGCCGCUAGCCCCAGGCUCUCUCCACAUAUCCCACAGGCCACUCUGUGCAUGGCUCCAUCCUCCAAGUCCAAGACAACCGCUUAACCCGCCGCCAGGCAGGAAGGCCAGCAGGCAGGCAAACAGCCGGGGGGGGCCUCAGAGUGGGGGCUGUUGGUAAACUGGCCUCCCUAACUCGAGCACAGGGGCGGCCAUGUUGGUUCCUUAGAAUAAAGGGGCCUCGCUCCACCACCUCGGCCAGGUUAAUCAACGGAUCUGUGAUUUGAAAAACGAUACGCUAUUUUUAAAAACAAACAAAAGGAGAGAGAGAAAAAAAACAAACCGAAGACACACCGACAUUCCCGAGCUCUGUGACUCCAGGAGGGCUGUUCCCUCGUCCCAUCAUCGCUCCUCCAGAUACCUCCCCCCGUGCUGCUUCGAAAAAACUGGAGAAUCGACGGAUCAGUCUGGUGAACGUCGACGCGCGUCGUAGCGGACCGCGAAGGCGUCGGCUGAGAUUCACGCAAGAUGGUUCAUGUGUGUGUGUGUGUGUGUAUGUGGUCUCCGUGUAAUGCAAGAGUGAAAAAAUGUUUUAGGUAGGCAUCCGUAGAGUUGAGUAUUUAUGAGUUGUGGGAGCGAGGGGGGGGGGGCGGGGGGGUGGACGGACGGACGCUGAGGUCGGCCUGAAGGAAGUUCUGCCGCUCCUCCUGCAGACGGACCCGCAGGCGCUAACGGAUCGCGCAACAGGUUCCCGACAUGGAGCCGUCACUAACCGUCACUACCACUGUCACACAACGUUGCUCUCCACCCCCCCCCCACCCCCUCCCCUCCCAAACACACACACAGAUACACACUUUCAUCUCUUAUUUCCUUUUUCUCUUUAAUCUCCUCACUAAAACAUUGUCUAACAAGGAAGCACUACAGCACGGAGAGCGAGCGUUUUUCAAGGCAGGCGAAUGGGAACGUACGGAAAGAUGUUUUUCUUUUUUCUUUUCUUUUCCACUCCCCCCCCCCCCCCUGAUGUAUGCCGUCGUCGGUUAUGUUGAGUGUACAAGUAUACGGUGAAGAGUAGCCAGUGCUAGUUGCUGUGUGCCAUUUUUAAGGGGGAAAAAAAGAAUUCAAACUUUUUUUUUUUCGCAGGGGGGGCACGCGAACUUCUCCCUUCUUGCGUGGCGCCAUCGACCCACAUUAUCCCCACGUUAUGGAUCCAGUCAUCAUGCCUCUAGAUCUUUAAUUUUUGCGGUCCACUUCAAAAGGUCCAUUGAAAAGAUUGUAUUUUUAUUAAUCUAUUUAAAAAAACGAAAAGAAAAAAAGAAUUGAGGUAGUGGUUGGUGCCUCCACAGUGGAACAACCCACACAAUUUUAUACACAUAGAUUUUGUUGUGCUUGAGUAGACACCAUUUUGUAUGGUUUUCGUCUCCUUUCCCUCCCCCCCUCCCCUGCUUCAGUAUCUGUGUAUAACAGUCUGUUCUUAUGUAAAAAAAAUUGCUAGAGGAGAACCGUGGAAAUAAAAGUAUGUGAAAAUAGUGUUUCUA